CAUGGGACAUCCCACUCCUGUGUCUGGGUGAUGCUGGAAUGGCCCCACUGGGCAGGUUGAUAGGGGGAGCAGGACCCACCACCAGCCAAGCGAUGCUCAGGGUACCUGUGCCUGGAACACUGCUGCUUGUGUCCCCACUGCUGGGAAGUGGCAGAGGUGGUGGCUCUGGUGACACAGCCAUGAGUCACGCUGGAGGCCCUGGGGUGACAGCCCAUCUCUGGCACGCGGAGCCAGGCACGCGGGCCAGGAGGGAUGCUCGGGGAGAGGUGCCCCAUUCCUGAACCACCCGUCCCCGUCCCCAGGCACAGCUGUGGCAGCAGCAGCAAUGGCAACACUCUACCCAUCCCUGGAGGACAUGAAGGGCCACCAGAUCUUGCAGGCGCAGGCUGCUGCUGGCGUGAAGACCCCUGCCACGACGGUGGUCACAGAGAAACCAAAGCUCGUCUCAGGCACCGGGCCGCCCGUGCUGUACCCCAACCUGGCUGAGCUGGAGAACUACAUGGGGCUCGCUCUCUCCAGUGAAGAGAUCCAGAAGAACCUGCUCCCGGAAAGCAGUACUGCACUGACCCCUGCUGGGCCCUCUCCGGGCCAGCUGGUCGCCCCCCUGAGUGGGAACAAUGCGGGGCUGCGUCGCGCAGAGAUCAAGCCAGGUGUGCGGGAGAUCCACCUCUGCAAGGACGAGCGGGGCAAGACGGGGCUGCAGCUGAAAAACGUCGACCAGGGCAUCUUUGUGCAGCUGGUGAAGGCCAACUCGCCGGCGGCGCUGGUGGGGCUGCGCUUCGGGGACCAGAUCCUGCAGAUUGAUGGCAAGAACUGCACGGGCUGGAGCAGUGACAAGGCGCAGCGGGUGCUGAAGAAGGCAUCCCCUGAGAAAAUCGUCAUGGUGGUGCGGGACAGGCCUUUCCAGCGCACCGUCACUGUGCAUAAGGACAGCACUGGCCACAUUGGCAUCGUGGUCAAGAAGGGGAAGAUUGUGUCACUGGCCAAGGACAGCUCUGCUGCCCGCAAUGGCCUCCUCACCCACCACUGCAUCUGCGAGGUGAACGGCCAGAACGUCAUCGGCAUGAAGGACAAGCAGCUCACGGAGGUGCUAGCAGGGGCCGGGAACGUGGUCACGCUGACCAUCAUCCCCACAGUGAUCUAUGAGCACAUGGUCAAAAGGCUCUCGGCGGGGCUGGUGAAGUCAGCCAUGGACCACUCCAUCCCUGACCUCUGACGUGAUCGCUGCUGUCCUGGGGAGCUGACGCUGGAAGCAUGAAGGGGCUGCUGAAGUACCCCUGCAGCAUCCCCGAAAGCAGCUGUUUUAGCACAAACCCCCUCAUCCCUACAGAGGCUGGUGGCUGCUGGGUGGUGUGGGGGAACUGCUGGCCUGGGCUGUCCCCUCCUCCUCCUCCUCAGCAGGGAUGGGGCAUGUGCCCUCCCCCUGUCCU